GGUAGUGAUGUAUCUUUCCAAUCACAGAGUAGUGAGUCUGGCUUGGAGUGGCUGCCUCCAGACACCACUUAUCCCAGCCCCAGAAAUGCCCUUCGUGUGUUUGACAGACUUUCAGGCUCAGGCACGGGAGCGCCUCUCUAAGACAACUUGGGAUUAUAUUGAAGGAGGAGCUGGUGAAGGCUUCACAAAGGAAGACAACAUCGCAGCAUUUAAAAAAAUUCGCCUCCGUCCCCGGUACUUAAAAGAUGUGUCAGAGGUGGACACCAGGACCAUAAUCCAAGGGGAGAAGAUCAGUGCUCCCAUUUGCAUCUCACCCACAGGUUUCCACUGCCUUGCCUGGCCUGAUGGAGAAAUGAGCACAGCCAGAGCUGCUCAAGCAGCUGAUAUCUGCUAUAUCACCAGCACGUAUGCCAGCUGUACCCUUGAAGACAUUGUUGCUACUGCCCCCAGGGGUCUCCGGUGGUUCCAACUCUAUGUGCAGCGCGACCGGCAGCUAAACAAACAGCUGAUCCAGAGGGUAGAAUCGCUGGGUUUCAAAGCUCUGGUCAUCACUGUAGAUGUACCCAUAACUGGCAACAGGCGACAUGACAUUCGAAACCAAGUGGACUUGAAGACAAACUUACUGCUGAAAGAUCUUCGAUCACCUAAAGAGAGUUCAGGGCCUUGUCUCCAGAUGUCCUCCAUAGACCCAUCCAACUGCUGGGAUGAUCUUUCCUGGCUUCAGAGCAUAACUCAAUUGCCCAUCAUCCUGAAAGGGAUCUUGACAAAGGAGGAUGCAGAGUUAGCUGUGAAGCACAACGUCCAAGGCAUCAUUGUUUCCAAUCAUGGUGGGAGGCAGCUUGAUGAGGUUCUCGCUUCUAUCGAUGCCUUGACAGAAGUGGUGGCUGCUGUGAAAGGAAAAAUUGAAGUGUACCUGGAUGGUGGGAUCCGAACUGGCAAUGAUGUGCUAAAGUCCCUGGCCCUUGGGGCUAAGUGUGUUUUUCUGGGGAGACCAAUCCUGUGGGGUCUUGCCUGCAAGGGUGAACGUGGUGUUGAGGAGGUUUUGAACAUUUUAAAAAAUGAGUUCCACACAUCCAUGACCCUUACAGGCUGCCGGUCAGUUGCUGAGAUCAAUCGGGACCUGAUCCAGUUCUCCAGGUUGUAAAGAAAGAAAGCUAAUAAGCAGGCUGCUGAGGUUGCCCACGGGAGGAAGACAAACUCAUAGCGUGCUGUGUGGCGCCAUCCUGCCUAGGCCCCACCCUACCCGGCAGCUCAUCCCUUGCACCUCUACCACUCUACCCCCUGUACUUCAGGCUCCCCAAACCCCUCAUCUUCCUCAAAUGUGGCAAGGUCUUCUUUGCCUCACUGCCUUUUACAUGCUAAUCUCUUGCCUGAAAUCCUCUGACAGAAAAGAUCUUAAAAAGGUAGAUCACUAAUGACUGAAAUAAUGGGUUAAAUUUUUUGCACAUCCUAUAUAUCUCUAUGAAACAAUUAUAGAAAUUUGCACUCUGUACAGAAGAGCUAUACAUAUAAAAUAUUCCCCAACAGAAAUCAUACUCCAACCUGUAAAUAAUAGGGAAAUAAUAUAGUUUAAAAAUUAGGCUUUGGAGCCAUACAGACAUGGGUGUAACAGUAAGGACUGCUACUGACAAGCUGUGUGACUUGGGAAAGUUUUUCAAUCUCUGUGCUUCCGUGUCCUCGUCUAUCAAAUGAGGAUUAUACCGCCUAGCCUGCUAGGUUGGGAGAAAGACUAAGUGAGAUAAUGUAUGUAAAGUUUUGAGCACAAUGCUUAGCACCUAGUAGAAGUUAAAGACAAGUUUAAAGUUUAAGUUUAAAGCUUAAGUUUAAGCUUUUAUUAUUAUUGUUUGUCAAAUUCCUAUUCCUCUUUCAAGACCUUGUUCAAAUGUCAACUAUUCUUAUCCUGGCUACUUGCUAGGUGCUUCCCAUUAGACUUUGCACAUUCCACUAUUAAAAUCCUUAUUAAAGUGUUUUAUAUUUAUUUAUGUAUUUGCAUAUCCCUCUCCACAAAUAGACUGUACAGGGCUCCAGGCGAGAAAUUAUAUACUUGUACUGGGCUUGGCAGAUAGCAGCAUCUCAAUGAACAUUUGUGGGAUGGAUAGAUGGGUGGAUGGAUGGAUGGAUGGAUGGACGGACAGAUGGACUGACUGAAGAUAAAUGAAUGAAAGGGGAGAUGGAAAAAUGAAUUGAUGCCCUACCAGAGUAAAAACUUCCCAGACCACUAAUCAUCUAAAAUACUCUUCUAGAGCAGGAACACCCAGCUGAAUAAGAUCUGGCACUUGAAGACACCAAGAAAGUUAGGGAUGGAAAUCAAUGUCCUAAAUAAACGACUUCAGAACUGGUUUCCCCAUA